UCGCGGUGCGCAUGCUUUGGGCGGGCUGAGGCCCUCGGCGGGGUGGCCGAGUGGCGGGCAGCGUUUCCGGCCGCGCCGUCUGCGUGUCGCGGAGCAGCAGCUGUUGUCUUGCUUUACGCCUAUUUAGCGGGCCCUACCCCUGUGCCUUGCAGGGGAGAUACCGGGUUGCAGGCGGCAUAGUGAUGCUUGUAUGCUGGCUUGUGGGGAAGGAGGAAUGCAGUCAGAGAAUGAAGCUGCCACACCUGGAAGCCGUGGUGAUUGGUCGUGGCCCAGAGACUGGGAUAACUGAUAAGAAGUGUUCACGGCAGCAAGUUCAGUUAAAAGCAGACUGCAACAAGGGAUAUGUUACAGUUAAGCAGAUAGGAGUCAACCCAACUAGUGUUGACCUUGUGAAUAUUGGCAAGGAUGAAGAGGUGAAAAUGAAGCCAGGCCAAGUGCUGUAUGUUGUGAAUAAACUUUACCCCUUCAUGGUGGAAUUUGCUGAAGAGUCAGCGAAAACUGCUGCAGAAGCAGAAAACAAAAUGCAAACCAACAAGAUGCUGUGUGAGGACUCCUGUGAGGAUGAGGAUGUUGAGCUUGUGCCCAGAAAGAGAACGAAGACGGAGGUGGUGGGUACAGAAGGCAGCUCUGCAAAUCCCAAGCUAAGCAAACAGGAAGGAACUUCCAGCAAAAAGGAACAUUUAGGACACUGGAGUCAAGGACUGAAGAGCUCCAUGCAGGAUCCAGAAAUGCAGGUUUACAAAGAUGAAAAGGCCGUGGUCAUCAAGGACAAAUAUCCCAAAGCACGUUACCACUGGCUUGUCUUACCAUGGAAGCCCAUUCCAAGCCUGAAGUCAAUUACCAGGGACCACAUUGAACUGCUGGAACACAUGCAUGCAGUUGGGCAAAGAAUGAUUGAACAGUGCCCUGCCAGACAGAGUCUGGAGUUCAGACUGGGUUACCAUGCUAUCCCCAGUAUGAGUCAGCUGCAUUUGCAUGUCAUCAGCCAGGAUUUCGAUUCUCCAGCUCUGAAGACCAAAAAGCACUGGAACUCUUUCACUACAGACUACUUCUUGAACUCUGAAGAUGUGAUAGAGAUGGUCAGAAGCAAGGGGAAAGUGCUGGUAGGAGAUCACGUCUCUGAAUGUCUGAAGUUGCCCCUGAGGUGCCAUCACUGCAAACAACAGCUCUCCACUAUGCCAGAGUUAAAGGCACACCUCAUGAAACACAGGCCAAAAUGACUUUGCAAAAAAAAACCCCACCUCACAACCUGCCUGCAGAUUUCAGGCUGAAACAACAACCCUGGACUGUUAGUGGAGGUGUGGGGGGUUUGUUCACUGGCCUGGCUAAGGUGGGGAAAAGCAGCCAGGAAGCAGCAAGUGUACUUUUGAUACUUUGCAAUAGUUUAAACUACAUGAAAUAAAGUGACUUCUGAAAUCAAAGGGGAUGUGUGCAGCUUUGCUGUGGUCCUGCCACUCUCACCUGUGUCCACUGAGGGCUGGAGGGGGUGUUUUGUUUGGGUGAAAGGAUUUGUUCUGGGCUUCCCAGGUCAAGAGAGACAGAGAACU